AUGUGCAGAAGGGCUCCCAUCUUAGCUGCAAAAUAUAUUAUUCUAAAUGUAACAAGUAAAGUUUCACGUGAGCGACAGCAUUUACCCUCGUCCCUUCGGCAUCGAAUCGGAGCGCAUCGUGGGGCAGAGCUCGCUCAGUCAGUGUCGUGUCGCUUUCCGGCGCUCGAGGACCACUCCGCGAGCUCGGCUCUUCCCGCUUCAAACUUUUCCUUACUUCGUUCUACAGUAAUCGUAAUAACUAACUCUGUCACAUUGAGGGAGCCGAAGCGCGAAUGGUGCGCUCGGCGAGGCGGCGCGAUGGCGGCGCGCCGCCUCGUGCUCAACGGGCUCACGGCCGAAGUCUCGGCCCAGCCGGGGGCCGGAGACGAGCGGCGCAGAGAUCCGCCCUCGCCCGAGUUCUACCACGAGUUGGAACUCUACCGGCAGCUUCUGGCUCUGGAGCCGCCGCCUACGGAUGGGGAGAUCCGGUCCCCUUCGCCGUCUGCGUCGUCCGAGCUGGCCGCUUCGUUUCUUCGCUCCGCUAAACCGGCGAGGGUUCUCACCCGGCGGCGAACGCUGAGACGGGAUAUUAAUAGUUGGACCCGACCGCCCCCUUUACCGCCCCCCCUGUCUAACUCUCAUGAAUCACCUCUAGAGUCUAGGAGAAGCGCGCUGCUUUGCGGCGCUUAG